GCGGGGCUCGCCAGGGCGGGAGGCUGCGCUCCACUCGGCCGGCUGCGGAGCCGCAGCCAGGAGCCGCCGCCACUGCCGCCGCCCGGGACCUCCUGCUCGCCCGGUCCGGGAACGCCGGCUCGCCGCGCGGUCGUUGAAACACCGGGUAUCAAAAUGACCGAGCGCUUUGACUGCCACCAUUGCGAAGAAUCUCUCUUUGGCAAGAAGUACAUCCUGAGGGAGGAGAGCCCCUACUGUGUGGCCUGCUUUGAGGCCCUCUACGCCAGCACUUGUGAGGAGUGCCAGAAGCCCAUUGGCUGUGAUUGCAAGGAUUUGUCCUACAAGGACCGACACUGGCACGAGGCCUGUUUCCACUGCUCGCGAUGCAAGAGCUCGCUGGUGGACAAGCCCUUUGCCGCCAAGGGGGACCACCUGCUCUGCACGGACUGCUACUCCCACGAGUACUCAUCCAAGUGCCAAGAAUGCAAGAAGACCAUCAUGCCAGGUACCCGCAAGAUGGAGUAUAAGGGCAGCAGCUGGCACGAGACCUGCUUCGUCUGCCACCGCUGCCAACAGCCGAUUGGAACCAAGAGCUUCAUCCCUAAGGACGAGCAGAACUUCUGUGUGCCCUGCUAUGAGAAGCAGUAUGCCUUGCAGUGUGUCCAGUGCAGAAAGCCCAUCACCACCGGGGGCGUCACUUAUCGGGAGCAACCCUGGCACCGGGAGUGUUUUGUGUGCACAGCCUGCAAGAAACCGCUGUCUGGGCAGCGCUUCACGUCCCGGGAUGAGUUUGCCUACUGCCUGAGCUGCUUCUGUGACUUGUACGCCAAGAAGUGUGCCGGGUGCACCAACCCCAUCAGCGGACUUGGUGGCACAAAGUACAUCUCCUUUGAGGAACGGCAGUGGCAUAACGACUGCUUUAACUGCAAGAAGUGUUCCCUCUCGCUGGUGGGCCGCGGCUUCCUCACAGAAAGGGAUGACAUCCUGUGCCCUGACUGCGGGAAAGACAUCUGAAGUCCACACGAAUUGCUGCUUGCGAAACACACAGAUUUAUAUACUUUCUUUCUCAGCCAGGGAAUAUGUGUCCUGGUUCCCACAAGCCACGCCAGACUUUCCUCUUGUGCCUCUCAGUGAUAGUCACGUUUUUUUAAACCCUUUAAUUCUUUGUACUAAUUCAAUCCCAGGGAAGGAGAAAACCCUUAUGUAAACCUUAGGUGGGAAGCUGGUUUUGAAUUUUUGGAAUCAAGCAAGGCAAAUCCCAGUGUAAAAAUCCUUUUAAAUAUCUUUAUAAAUGUAUCUUUCUUUCACUGUGUAUUUAAUUUUUAAGUGCAAUGAACAUGUCACGAACUUGAAAGUUUUCCAACUAAAUAAGGUAAUGAAGAGUUGGUAUUUACAACUGUGUAACUUCCUGUCAUGUAAGGCCUGAAGCAAGAAUAUAUGGCUUACAAUAAAGUUAUCCAGAACAAAAUCUUUUGCCAACCACA